AUGGAGUCUUCACGCAAAGCAUCACACAACCUGUUUGAGGUUUACCUACGACUACGACCGCCGCCCUUACGAAACGGUGACGGAGAGCGCAUUCUCGAAGUUGAAUCUCCAGAGGACGACUCGAAAGCAACACAUGUCGUCCUGAACCCCCCUACCGAUCGUCGAAGAGCUAUCGAGAAGUUCGCGUUUACACAGGUGUUUGAGGAAGAAGCCAGCCAGCUCGAUGUGUUCCACGGUACAGAGAUCGUCCCUUUUGUGGAGGGGGUUCUCGCUCCUGAAGGUGGUGAGGGAACCGACGCGGUUGUUGCUACGUUAGGAGUCACUGGCUCUGGCAAGACACAUACCAUACUCGGCAGCAAAUCCCAACGCGGCAUGACCCAACUUGCGAUGGACGUCCUCUUCCGAUCCAUUGGCGAAAAUAUGAUCGACGGAAACGAUAUCUUUACAGCACAGGAUUCCCUUCAGGAGUGCGACGGGGCUGAAUCAUCUUUGACCAUUGCGUCGCACUUCUUGAGUCCAUCCUUCCGCGACUCGGUGGCAUCCAGAGCGCCUUCACGAGCCGCCACGCCAGGUCUUGUACGACCCCCGACCUCAGCCCUUUCCUACAUCAACUCUCCCAUAACCCAACACGUCGCGAAGCUCGCCAAUACAUUGUCUGCAGAAUGCGCACCAAGUCAGAAAAGUCGGGUUGCGCGGCACUUCAUGUCGCUUCGAUCUGCCACACAUGUAAGGAAUAUUGCUAAACAAGAUUUAAAGGGCGAACGCAAUAUCAUGUCUCCUCCUCCCCCUCGACGAGCGACGGCACGCCCUUCGGCAUUUCCCGAUCAACCCGACGUCAGCAACACAGAUGUUCCCUGCGACCCUUCAGCGGAGUAUGCUAUUGUCAUCUCUAUGUAUGAAGUCCACAACGACCGUAUAUAUGAUCUCCUGACCCCGGCCGUCAAAUCCGCCACCACUAAAGAGUCGCGACGUCGUGCCUUGUUAUUCAAGUCGACCGAACUAUCACCUGACCGAAAGGUUGUUGCGGGCCUACGAAAGGUCAUCUGCUCGAACUAUACAGAGGCACUGACAGUCAUCGAGACUGGUCUGCAGGAGCGCCGAGUUACUGGUACUGGUAGCAACAGUGUUUCGAGUCGAAGCCACGGAUUUUUCGUAUUCGAGGUCAAGAAGCGAGCUCGUGGCAGGAAGCCUGGACCCUGGGGGGGAAGCAAGUUUACGAUUGUCGAUCUGGCUGGUAGCGAGAGAGCACGCGAGGCCAAGACAGCUGGUGCUACACUCGUAGAGGCUGGCAAGAUCAACGAGAGUUUGAUGUACUUGGGUCAAUGCCUUCAAACGCAAAGCGAGGCUGCCAGCUCUAGCAAGCCAAACAUCGUCCCUUUCAGACAAUGCAAGCUUACUGAGCUUCUCUUCUCCAACUCAUUUCCUUCAUCCUCUUCUUCACAGCCUCAAGCUCCUCGUCGUAAUCCUCAAAGAGGUGUAAUGAUCGUCACGGCCGACCCCAGGGGAGACUUUAACGCUACAUCACAGAUCCUUCGAUACAGUGCUCUUGCUCGCGAGGUGGCAGUGCCUCGUGUCCCUUCCAUUACAAGCACCAUUGUUUCGCCGACCCAAAAUCGUUCGAUUAGCCCGACUCUUAACCAUAACCAUUUGCGCCCAAUGGUGCCGUCGCACCAUGUAUCGUAUAGAAAUUACACCCCUCAGAUGAACGUUGAUGACCGUGCGACCAUGGAGGUUGCUGCGCUUGAGAUUGCUCGACUUAGCGAGGAGGCCGAUCAAUUGCGUGAAGAGGUCGAUCGACAAGCUGAAGCACGAUUCGCCGCUGAAGCUCAUCUCCUAUCUAUGGAAGACCGCAUGUUGGACCUCGAAGCAGCUAUUCGCGAAGAGUGCGCUAACGAGUUUGAGCAACGCCUGGCUCUUGAAAUGGCUCGCUGGAAGAAUUCAAUGUCGAUCGAGCAGGAGCGUACUGAGGAGCACUGGGACCGCAAGAUCGAAGUCCUUGAACGUGGCCUGGCUACCGACGAGGAUGGUGAUAAAGAGAAUGUUCUUAUUGAAGAUCUCGAAGAAGAAGUUGAUAGACUCCGUCGCGAGAACGGCAUUCUCAAGCGCGAACUCGCCUCCCGCAGUCCCACAAAGCGCAGGCCUCUCGAAGAGCGAGAAGACUUUGCUGCCCCUGCCGGAAAACCAUCAAGAGGCGACGCCAGAGGUGAUAGCGUUACAAACCUAGGACGAAAACUGGAGCGCAUGCGCGUUGGUGGUGAAAAGGCAAAGCCAGUACCUGUUGGUAGCGGCAGUCCCAAAAAGAUGCGCAAGUUGGGAACCAAGAAAUGGGAACACGAAGAAGACAUGGAAUAG